AUGAGCGCGGACGUCGAGCGCAUCGGAUUGGUGCGCGGCGAACGGGUGCGGCGAACGGACGCGGAAAACCACGGAUGGCGCGCGACCAAGCUCGCGUUGGGCGCGAUCGCCGUCCUCGCGGCGGUGUGCGUCGGCGUUGGAGGACGCCGUGGACGCGCGAUCGGGGCCGCGUUCGGGGGACUGGCGCGCUUGGGAGUGGGGGCGGAUAGCGCGGAUAGCGCGGAAAGCUGGACGCACGAGGACUGGCGCGUGGUGAGCUUCGUGGACGCAGAGUACGAGGACAUUGGCAAGCGCUGGUAUCACCGGUUGUCAAACUUGGGGUACAAAACGCAUUAUCUCGUGGCUUUGGACGAUGAGGUGUACGACAAACUAGAAAAGGCAAAGCUCAGGGUGUUGCGCGCGCCCGGCUUUACGUUAGAAAAGGGAGGGGAUCUGUCUGACUUUUGGCGGUUCCGGUUGACGUACUUGGCGGAUGAAAUCAAACGCGGGCACAACGUGCUGUUGUCGGAUGUGGAUGUCAUAUUCGCGCAUCACUACGAUCCUGUCGUGAUUUUCAACAAAGCUGGAGACGAGGAAGUAGAUAUUUAUCACUCACUUGGCGCUGGUUGGCCGCAUUCGGCAAAGAAGCAGUGGGGAUUCUCCAUCUGCAUGGGCUUUUCAGCCUUCAGAGCGACUCGCGCAACUGAGCAAAUUCUGGAAGCCGCGGUGAAGGUCUGCGACCACGAAGCACACUGUGACGACCAGGUGGUGAUGAAUGAACUGUACAUGAAAUAUCUCCAAAUGUCUUGGACGACGAAUUUAGCGCACGGCGAGCGUAAGGGCAUAUCUCGCAAUACGAUGAUUCCGCUCGUCGUUAAGACGUUGUCGAAUCUCGUCCCUAGAAUUGAUCUUAAGGAUAUGACUCCUAUCAAGCCGUCGUCCAAGAAUGUGCAGUGCUUCGGGCACACCCAUCAUGUCGAUGGUGGUCACUGGGCCGUGGCGCCGAUCAUCGAAAAAGACGGUAGAGCCAAGGUUGACGUGUGGGACCAGUUGCACGACGAAUGUUUCCCGGCAACGAUUAGCGCUCUAGGCGCGCAGUGGACGCAUUGA